AUGGUUUCUAAUUCGCCGAGUUAACUCACUGUGUCGUACCGACAAGCCGCUUGGGAGUGAUCAUCAUUCAUUAGUCAAAGCCCUAAAAGCCUCAACAGUUUCUCCAAAAUCCAAGUCCGGCACCGAGUUUAAACCCAACGGUUGAUAAAUUCCGUGAAAUUAAACUUGGGUUUGGACUUUUCUGCUGAAGACUUGGGUUCUUAGUAGUGGUGUACAUUGGAAACGGUUAAGAGAAGCAAAGAUUUCUUUGAUUCUUUUGGGUUCAUUUGGUUAUAACGUUUUUGAAGAAGAUAUAGAUUUUGAAUUUUGUUAAGUCUGAAUAGAAUUUGGAAGUAGCUUUUUAGGGGUCCUGAAUUUGAAUUAACAGGUGUGAAGAAUGGAGACCCCGGUUUCAGUUUCAGAUGGAAAGGUGUCAAGGAGGUCAAUGAGAAGGAACGUGAAUGUAAAGAAUUACAGUGAGAAUGUGAUGGAUGAACUGAUAGAGGGGCAUUUGGGUGGUUCCAAGAAGAAGAGGAUUAGAACAAAGGAGCAGUUGGAGAGAGAGACUGAAAAAGAGGCCAUGAUAGCACUUUCUUUGGGCUUCCCCAUUGAUGCUUUGCUUGAGGAGGAAAUUAAAGCUGGGGUUGUAACAGAAUUGGAUGGGAAAGAGCAAAAUGAUUAUAUUGUUGUGAGGAACCACAUACUCACUAGGUGGAGGCAUAAUGUUCGGACAUGGAUUUCCAAAGGGCAGAUAAGGGAAACUGUGAGCAAUGAGUAUGAGCAUAUAAUGUCUGCUGCAUAUGACUUUCUUUUGUACAAUGGAUAUAUAAAUUUUGGGGUUUCUCCUUCUAUAGUGUCUCAGAUUCCUGAGGAGGCAACAGAAGGGUCUGUCAUUAUUGUUGGUGCUGGACUUGCUGGAUUAGCUGCAGCAAGGCAGCUGAUGUCAUUUGGUUUCAAGGUGGUGGUCCUUGAAGGUCGGAACCGACCUGGGGGCAGAGUUUAUACACAGAAAAUGGGGCAAAAUGGUAACUAUGCUGCAGUUGAUCUUGGUGGCAGUGUAAUAACUGGUAUAGAUGCAAAUCCUCUGGGGGUUUUGGCAAGACAACUUUCCAUUCCUCUUCACAAAGUUAGAGAUAGGUGCCCUUUGUACCAGCCUGAUGGAGCACCCGUGGACGAGACUGUUGAUUCUAAAGUUGAACUUAUUUUUAACAAGCUGCUUGACAAAGUCACAGAGUUGAGAAAAAUAAUGGGAGGAUUUGCUAAUGAUAUUUCUCUAGGUUCAGUCCUGGAAACACUUAGACAACUAUAUGCUGUGGCUAGAACUGCAGAGGAGAGACAACUUCUUGACUGGCAUUUUGCAAACUUGGAAUAUGCAAAUGCUGGAUGCCUCUCAAACCUUUCAGCUUCUCACUGGGAUCAAGAUGAUCCUUAUGAAAUGGGAGGAGACCAUUGCUUGCUUGCUGGUGGAAAUUGGAGACUAAUCAAAGCAUUAUGCAAAGGAGUUCCGAUUUUUUAUGGUAAAACUGUUCAGACAAUAAGGUACGGAGAUGGAGUUGAAGUCAUAGCUGGUGGUCAAGUUUUUCAAGCAGACAUGAUACUUUGUACUGUUCCUCUUGGGGUUUUAAAGAGAAAAUCAAUAAGAUUCGAACCAGAGUUACCUGAUAAGAAGCUUGCAGCAAUAGAAAGACUGGGAUUUGGAUUGUUGAACAAGGUUGCAAUGGUAUUCCCUUUUGUUUUUUGGGGAGAAGAUCUGGAUACAUUUGGCCGUCUCAACCAGUAUAGCCAUAGGCGUGGAGAAUUCUUUUUAUUUUACAGUUACCAUACUGUUUCUGGAGGUCCAGUGCUGGUUGCUCUUGUUGCUGGUGAUGCUGCACAAUUUUUUGAAUCUACAGAGCCAUCCACCUUGGUCCAUCAUGUUAUGAGUAUUCUUAAAGGUAUAUAUGGUCCAAAGGGGAUCAACGUACCUGAUCCCGUGCAAUCCAUCUGCACGAGAUGGGGAAAUGAUCCAUUUUCUUUUGGUUCAUAUUCACAUGUUAGAGUGCGAUCAUCUGGAAGUGACUAUGAUGCGUUGGCAGAAAGUGUUGAUGGGCGGUUGUUCUUUGCUGGUGAAGCAACUAUUCGGCAACAUCCGGCCACCAUGCAUGGUGCCUAUCUGAGUGGCCUAAGGGAAGCUUCGCGCAUUUGCCAAGCUAUGAAAGAGCUGCAAAACAAUCCAAGGAAAAUCACAACAAAGAAUGCCGGGGCAAGCAAAGAAGUGUUGACAGAAUUGUUCAAGAACCCUGACCUAGCAUUUGGGCAGUUCUCAUGUGUAUUUGACCCCUUGACAGAUGAUCCAAAAUCUUUGGGACUCAUGGAAGUAACUUUUUCAGAUACCUGUAAGGAAUUUUCCGAAGUAGAGAACAUACAUCAACCGCCAUCUGAACAACCUUUGCAGCUUUUUACAGUUUUGUCUCGUGAGCAAGCACAUGAAGUGCACCUGGUGGCCGGGGGAAACGAUUGUAAAUUGUUGUAUUUGUUCAAGAACCUUGGCUUGAAGCUACUGGGAGCUGACAGUUUAGGAGCUUUAGGCAAUACCAUUGCUACUAACAUUGCCAAUGUUCGAAAAGGCAAAGGUCGAUACCGCAAGCGUGGCAGACCAAGAAAAGCAGGCGUCACUAAUAUUCAUUUACCAUCAGUUUAGAAAUCCAGGUAUAUCAAGUUUUUGUUAUUUUUAUACAGGACAGUGAAAAUUGGGCAUGCCUUGGAUCGUGUUAUCCGCCCUUGUUUGCACCAUAGUUCAUUCGCUGACUGGAAGUUAUUCAUCAGUCUCUGUAUUGCUGUGUACCAUUGUAAUUGAUCCAUUCUGUUACACCAAAUAGCAUAGAUUUGUAAGGAUUUUAGAUGAGAUAUUUUGUUUGGUUAUAGACCACCUGCUGACACAAUUGAUUUCAGCUGGUGAUGUAAGAAUUUUGUGCAUAAUGGCUUCCUGUUUGGUGUAA